UGGCCCAAAUGGUUUCUGGUUCUGUCGUUGGGAGAGAGAAGAAGCCCCCAUUCCUCCUCCUUCCUCUCUCUCAAUGAUGACUUAAAUAAGAGGUAAGGGCGCAGCGCAGUGAUAGAAAAGAACCUUUUCCACAUCUUUUUCCUUAACUUCUGAGCUAUAUAAUUUGCUGCCACCCCUAGAAGCUAUCUGGAGCGAUGCCAUCCAGGCUCCCGCCCGGGCCGGCGGACCCGCCAGACCCCUCCGCCGCCCUGCUCCCCCAUUACCAUCACCGCCCCCGCCCCAUCCUGGUCCCCGUAGUUUCCGCGGCGGCAGCACUCACCGCCCUCGCCGUCACCGCCACCGUGCUGGCCGUGCUCCUAUAUCGCCGCCUGGCCCGCGGCAGUGCUGCCCCCACCGCCCCCGCAGAUCUGAAGCCCCCCCCGACGAGUCCCCUCCGCCAGUUCGCUUACUCCCAGCUCCGCCGCGCCACCGCCUCCUUCUCCCCCUCCCAUAAGCUCGGCCAGGGCGGGUUCGGACCCGUAUUCCGCGGCGCCCUCCCCUCCGGCCAGGAGAUCGCCGUCAAGCUUAUGGACUCCGGUUCCCUCCAGGGGGAACGCGAGUUCCAAAACGAGCUCGCCCUCGCUGGCAAGAUGCUUGCAAUGGGAUCCUCCCCGGACCGCGGAUGGGUGGUGGCUCCCCUCGGCUACUGCAGCUCCGACGAGAAGCGCCGCCGUCGGCGGUGGCGGCGGUGGCGGGGGGAAGACAAGGAGGAGGUGGUGGUGGAGGCCUGCGCCGCCGGCGCGGGGACAGGGCGGAGGCUGCUCCUGGUGUACGAGCUGAUGCACAAUGGGAGCCUCCAGGACGCGCUGCUCGACCGGCGGUGCCCGGAGCUCAUGGACUGGGGCCGCCGGUUCUCGGUGGCGCUCGACAUCGCCCGCGGCCUCCAGUUCCUCCACGCCGUGUGCGACCCCCCGGUCAUCCACGGCGACAUCAAGCCCAGCAACAUCCUCCUCGACGCCUGCCUUUCCGCCAAGAUCGCUGACUUCGGCCUCGCCCGCCUCCAGACCCCCGUCGCCGACGACCUCCCGGCCGUCGCCGUCGCCCCCGCCUCCAAUUUGGGCGAUAAUGAGGUGGCCAUUGAGAUCGAGCUGAAUCAGGCCGUGACCGGUGAUUCCAAAUCCUUUCCGAAUGAUAGGAAGGAGUCAGCGGUGGGAGGAGGAGAGGAUGAUGCUUCAAUCAUGGGAGAGACGGCCGAGAGCACCACGACGACCACCGGGUUUGAGGAGUCAAUUGGAUGUGGAGGGUUAGCAAUUAAUGGUGGUGGAAAUGGUGUCAUAACUCCUGAGAAAUCUCCAGAGGAAGAUGAGGGCUUUACCACGGCAUCACCGGUGGAGACUGCAGUGGGCUUGGAAGUGGCAUCCACUUCGGAGACAGGAGGGGGAUUCGAUAGGGUGAGUGUGGAUAGUGGGAAGGAUGCUGCAGCCUCCGGUAGCCGGAGAGGCGGCCGGAAGAAGAGCGGGCCGGGCAAGGACUGGUGGUGGCGGCAGGAUACUGGUGGGGGAGCAAAUUCCGAGUCUGGGGGCGGUGUCAAGGACUAUGUGAUGGAAUGGAUUCGCUCGGAGAUUAAGAAGGAGAGGCCUAAGAGUGAUUGGAUUACAGCUUCAGCUGCUUCUGCAGAGGAUUGCUUGCCAAAGCCGUCAGGAGGGGGGAGGUCAGAGCGAAAGAAGCAGCAGCGGCGAAUGGAGUGGUGGGUUUCGUUGGAUGAGGAGAAGUCGAAGAAGAAGGAGAAGAGCCGGCCGCCAAGGGAGUGGUGGCGGGAGGAGUUCUGCGAGGAACUCACCAACAAGCAAAAGAGGCGAGCAAUUCAGAAGUCCCAAAGCAAUAUUGAGAAAGGAGAGCAACAAUGGUGGCAGAAAGAUGAGGGCCUUGAGUCACCUUCAGGCAGGAGGAAGAGGAGGAAGAAGAAGAGCUGGAGCAGGAGCAGCCGGACCAGUAUGGACGGGUGGAUGGAGGGCAUCAGUGGGGAGAUCAGGACCACUGGAAGGAGGAGUAGCCAGGACUGGGCAAGUGGGGAUAUCCCGAAGAGUGGCACGGUGAGCAGCACCCCAAGCAUGAGGGGCACUGUCUGCUAUGUUGCCCCUGAGUAUGGUGGUGGCGGACCUCUCUCGGAAAAGUGUGACAUCUAUAGCUUUGGUGUCCUUCUGUUGGUUCUUGUAUCAGGCCGGCGCCCACUGCAAGUGACAGCAUCUCCCAUGUCUGAGUUCGAGCGCGCCAACCUGAUCUCAUGGGCACGGCACCUUGCUCACUUAGGAAGGCUUCUUGAUCUUGUUGAUCCAUCCCUUCGAGCUGUGGACAGGGAGCAGGUGCUUCUUUGCAUCACGGUCGCCCUCCUCUGCCUUCAGAGGUCUCCAGCCUGCCGACCGUCUACCAAGGAGAUAAUUGGAAUGCUUACUGGCCAGUCUGAGCCACCAAACCUUCCAUUGGAAUUCUCACCAUCACCACCUGGUGGGUUUUCAUUCAAGUCCCGUAAGAAGGCUCGGUGAGUUAAUCAAUUUUUACGAGCAUUGGUUCUAGUGUUUGUUGUACAUCAUUUUGAAUUUUCCAUCUCUUUGGAGGUGAUGGAUGUAUAAAAUUCUGAACAAAAAGAGAAGCAAUUUCCUUUCCAAUUCGACAA